CCGGAAGCGGAAGUUGAAGAAAGUUCUAGCGGCUUGAGGCAGCGGCGGGAGCAGCCGGCCGGCGGGAGAACCGUUAAGCGAAGCGGAGUUGUAGAUCCAGCCCCAUCGAGAUGACCACGUCCCAAAAGCACCGAGACUUCGUGGCUGAGCCCAUGGGGGAGAAGCCCGUGGGGAGCCUGGCGGGGAUCGGCGAUGUCCUGGGAAAGAAGUUGGAGGAAAGGGGCUUCGAUAAGGCCUACGUGGUUCUCGGCCAGUUUUUGGUGCUAAAAAAGGACGAAGACCUCUUUCGGGAAUGGCUCAAGGACACCUGCGGAGCCAACGCCAAGCAGUCCCGGGACUGUUUCGGAUGCCUGCGCGAGUGGUGCGACGCCUUCUUGUGAUGCUCCAGGGGGGCCCCCCAGUCCCCAGCCUGGACUCUCAGAGUCUGCCGUGAAUGGGGGCCUCCUCCCUUGCCCUCCACAGCUGCUGUUGUCUGCUCACUUGGAUGCGCUCCAGGGACUGUGGAGAAUCCUGACCCGUCACCAGGCCCCUUGCUGGGUUCUCACUCUUGCAUGCCUCACCCUCCCUUCCCAGUGUCAUGUUGUGGACACGAACCUGCUUUCCUGACUGUAUUCCUGGUCCCUGCCCUCACGCCCACACUCACCUUUGGUCUCUUAGGUGCCUGUCACUGGCCUUUUCAUAGUUUUUUUCA